CGGGGCCCCCGCGCAGGCGUGGAGCUGCUGCCGGUUAUCGCGAGGCGCAGGGGCGGGCGCGGGGGCGCGGAGCGGGCCGGGCCGGGCUGGGCCGGGCUGAGGAACUUGAUGCUCGAAGGCUCUGUGUGUGGGAGCCAUGGGUUUGUCUGCAUCCUCCCCGGCUGCUGCAGGUCAGUCGCCACAUGAAUCCAGGCAGUACCAGACGGCGUCUCCACCUUCAGAAUGUCCCAUGCAUCAGGAAAAAAUGAGCGGUUGUCCAAUGCACAUGAAAACUGCUGAUCACAGAACCGAGAAUACAGAUGAUGUUCCUGCACAUCAAGAAAGAGCUUAUGAGUUUGUAGCAUGUCCUGUGAAGUCUGGUUCAUCUCAAGUGAAAGAUGACAUAGAUCCUAGCAAUAUGAUGCCUCCUCCUAAUCAGCAGCCAUCCCCAGGUCAACCAUUUCCGUUGUCAACUGUUAGAGAAGAAUCUUCUAUUCCUAGAGCGCAUUCUGACAAGAAAUGGGUCUACCCUUCAGAGCAAAUGUUCUGGAAUGCUAUGCUAAGAAAAGGGUGGAGAUGGAAAGAUGAUGACAUAACAAGUGAAGACAUGACCAACAUCAUAAAGAUUCACAACCAAAAUAAUGAACAAGCUUGGAAGGAGAUUUUGAAGUGGGAAGCCCUUCAUGCUGCGGAAUGUCCAUGUGGACCAUCACUGAUGCGGUUUGGAGGCAAAGCAAAGGAGUAUUCACCAAGAGCCAGAAUACGUUCAUGGAUGGGAUAUGAGCUACCCUUUGACAGACAUGAUUGGAUUGUUGACCGGUGUGGAAAAGAAGUGCGCUAUGUUAUUGAUUACUACGAUGGUGGAGCAGUGGAUAAGAACUACCAGUUCACCAUCCUGGAUGUGCGCCCUGCUUUGGACUCUCUUUCGGCUGUGUGGGACAGAACAAAGGUAGCCUGGUGGCGCUGGACUUCAUAACUGCUCCUGUGGUGUGUACUCAAAAAGUAACUAUUUUCCUCCUAGACAAAGGAUAAGUGAAUACCAGGACUUGAAACUGAAGUUCACUGCAACUGUUAUUGUUUUCAGGAUCACCACUGUUCUUUGGGGAUGGGAAGGGAGGACAGGGAAAUCUGUUGUUAAGCACACCAAUGCUUUUUGGUGUUUCAAAUGGAAUAAUAAAGUUAUAGCAGCAAAAACAUGUAUCUUAAUUUUCUUAAAAACUGGGGAACCUUUCUUAUUUUGGCUCAUAUUGUGCAUAAGCUUGCCGACUCCUCAUUUCAUGACUUUGGUGCUGCACCAAAUACAUUACAGCUCUGAUUCUGAGUUUUGAGUAUUAAUUAGUGAGAACUGGAAAUCUCAUAAAUCACUUCACGUAGUUAAAGUGUUUGGAUACGUCAGUGAUGCAUAGAGGGUAAAAGAUCUGGACUGUUUCGAACUGCAUGUUUUACUAACAAUAUAAACCCAUGUAUUUGUUUUCACGUGGGCACUUUACGUAUUCAAUAACAUGCUUCCUCAGAAAACUUCAGUUGAGGUCAUUCAGUUAAAGGAAGUAUAGUGUAGUAUGAGUAUUUUAAAGGUAUGUUAAAUUGAAAAGGAGAAUAUACUCAUGCUUUAAUCUGCAGUUUAUCUUUGAACAGAAGAUCAUCUGUUAGAAUCAGGAAAUGAGUGUCACUUUUAAAACAGCAUUUCUAAAAGGAGAUAAAUUUGAUAUUUAAUGGCUAUUUAUUUGAGUAUUUAAAAGGUUUUUCUGAUGUAAGAAAAUGUAUUAUUUUAGUGUUUUCAUAUCUUUCAUGUGUGUCAUGUAAUGCAUUCAAUACAGAGAUAAGCCUUAUUUAAAGAAACUCAUGCAGUGCAUCUGUAUUUGGCAUCUUGGCUUCAUCAACUGUGUUGUAGCAUGUUUGUUUGAUAUAAAACAGAAUCGCACAAGAGUGUGUGACUACACGGUCACGUGUGAUUAUAGCGAGGCCUGUUACAGCUGUGUAUAUAACUUGGCUAACGGUAUCAAAAGUGCCAAGAAAUACGGUUGAUUUGAAUGUUUUCUAAGAAUGAUGCGUGUUAAUGCUGUGUGGAUUAAAGCAUUGAUUAAUGGUUGUGCUUAAUAAGGGAAACUGUCUUUUUUUUUAAGUCUUCCACUGUCAUAGCUUUAAAUUUCCAUGGCUCAGUAAGUUGGAAAGGAGUAAGAGCAAUAUCACAUUGUAGCUUCUCAAAUGGGGGAAGCUGCCUUCAGAAAACUUCCCAGCCUUAACUGGGAAACAGCUGUUUCAUUUUCUAAGUACUUAGGUUUAACUGCCAUUGGAAGCUUUUUUUUCUUUUCUUUGUUCUUCUUUCUUUUUUUUUUUUUUUUCUUGCGGGGAAACUCCCCAACUUCCCCUUUGGGAAAAAUUUAGUCAGGGAAGCUUUCAUACUUUAGAAUUCUAAAUGGUUCCCACUUCAGAGACAACUGUUAUGCAUGGUAGGAAUAGACAUUACCCAGAAGUCUAGAAUCCUAAGAGGAAAACCACGCUCUUACCCAUACCCGCUUUGCUCAUUCCUUUUUCACAUUUCUAGUGAUUCAUAUGUAUAUAUAUAAAUGAUAAAUAGGAAAAGAAAAAAAUUCCAUCUGAGUAGGCAGAAUAUGUAUAAGGUAUAUGAGAAGUGUGUGAGCUUGUAUGAAGACAUAUCUGACAAUGAAGUAACUGCUUCUCUGUUCUAACAGUAAAGAUUUAGGCUUACUGCUUUUUGGGGUUUUUUGGGUUUUUUUGAUUGGUUUAUGCAUCUGGUAACUUGAUAUACUGAGGAUUCUGUGUUUCUCACAACUAAAUAUGGAAAGGGUACACCACUGUAGGGGUACUUCAUUCAGAAGGUUCAAAAGAAUGGGUUUGCUUGGUUGGUUUUGGCAGUGUGAUGUUGAGUGCAUUAUGGAAAUUUGUUACUGCUGCUAAAUCUGGUGAAACCUGUCACAUGCCACUUCAUGCAUUCACUGUCUCCUGUUACAUUUCAUCUUCCAUAGAUUCAAAGUUGUUCUUUACUGUGCUACUGUUAAUGAAAUGUUCUACUUUGUCAUCAAACUAAAAGGAGAAUCAAAUAAAUAUACUUUUCUUAA